AUGGAACCAAAAUUCGGAUUUGCACAGAAUCUCACUCGUUCAUCAUUUUCUUUCGGAGAAUCAAACAGCCAAUCUUCCCUUUUCAAUCCUAAUAACUCCUCUAACACUCCUAGCAAUGAAAUUUCUUCUUCCUCUUCUCACAUUAAACUUGCAAGGAAGCAUGCUGAACCAAUAGAAAAACCUUCAAUUUUAGAAGCCAUCGACAAAAUAAACUCUGAUGACGCUAUGCUUCAACGGGAAGGCUUAAAAGUCCUCAAAAAAGGGGUUUCUAGAGAAGAUAGUUCGCCUUUAAUUAUAUAUGAAAUUAUAAGUUCAGAUAUAUGUGAACGUAUCCUUGAUUUAGCUCAAACAAAAACUGACAAUAAAUUUUUAUUGGAAGCUCUCUGGCUAUUUUCAAAUAUUUUAUCGAAAAGCUCUAGAGAAGCAUCCUAUUUGGUGCAGCUAGAUGUAAUACCAUUUUUAUUUUCAAUUUUGUGUAAAAACAAUAAUGAUUUUAGUGAGCCAGUUAUGAUGGCGUUUGGUAACAUUGCAGCAGAUAAUAGCGAGUGAAGAGAAUUAGUAAUCAAUGAUGAUAAUUUUAGCUGUAUUGCUGAUUUGUGUAAUAAUGCAGAUUUUAGUAAUGAGAGCUUUAUAAAUAUUUAUGCAUGAUCUGUGUCUAAUAUACUCCGAGAAUGUUCAGAACAAAACCCAGAAAAACUGAUUCCUUUUUCACCAUUUUUAUAUAGAGUCGUUGUUGAAGCGCAAGCAAAAGAUACACUUACAGAAGCUACUUUGGGGUGCUCUUAUCUUUCAGAAUUAGAAGAAAAUUUAGAGAUUUUUAAAAAAGAACUAUUUAUAGAAAAAAUAAUCAGACAAUUAUCUAGCCGAAAAGGGCUUUUAUUGACAGCUUCCUUAAAAAUUAUUCGAAAUAUUGUAUUUGAAAUGGAUAAUUCUUUCGAGAUAUUAUCUAAAUAUGGAUUUUUUGAGAAAAUUGAAGGUCUGCUAGAUCAUAAAAGCAGAAAUUUAAGAUGAGAAGUUUGCUGGACGCUAUUAAAUCUUGUUGCAGAAUCUACAGCAGCAAUCGAUAAAUUACUGGAAAAUAAAAUAUAGCCUAAAAAUAUAUAUAAGCAUCUAAUAUAAUAAGAUUGACCUUAUAAAUUCACAUUAAUGCAGAUUUAUAUAUUUGAAAAAUUAUUAACCAUUAUAAAAACAGAUAGCAGAGAUGUUCAGACACAAGCAUUAGAAAUAAUAAAGAUAUCAGUAACUGUUUGUGAAGAAAACCAAAUAAUAAAGUUAGCAGAAAUAGGGAUAAUAAAAGAAUUGAUUAGUAGCCUUAAAUGCAAGAAAUGGAGGCCUAUUAUUUUUGAAGCAUUGAGCGCAGUGAUAGAAAAAGUUCCAUAUAUUAUAUAGGAUAUUGGGAUUAAAAGGAGGAAUUUUUUGUAAAAUUAAAUGGCUGAUAUUUAUGAAUGGAAGGUAUAAAUGACGAAGAGAAUGAUAUAAUAAUUCAAAGCAUUGAUGAUUCGACUGGGGAUAGUGAUGCUAUUGAGCCUGCAACAAGCUUAAGAGAAGUUUUACAGAAUAAUAGAAAUAGUAGCUAA